AACUUUCGUUUAAUUUGCGUUCUUUUAUUGAUCUCGCUGUUUAGAACGUUGUUUAUUGUUAUGUAUGCGUCAAUAUUAUCAAUUUUUGAAGAAUACUUUUAACCAUUACGUAAGCUGUAUGGGAAGUGUAUUAAUCUGUGAAUACGUCUCCAAGUAUUGGGGAAUUUCUGGUGCAACAAUGGCCAGUUCUAUUACUGAAAACCUUGAGUUGCAGCUUUCAGAAAUGGAACUGCUUUUCUCUAUGUUUCCAAACAAGGGUGAAAUUGACCUUGAAGAUGCCAGUGCUCUUCUUUAUGUACAGAGGUAUUUGGAAGGUGUACGUGAAGCUUUGCCUCCACAGGUUUCGUUUUCAGUAAACCUUACAGCUGAAGAACCCAAGGCAGAUGUAUGCCUGCAUGUUUCACUGCCUCAUGAGUAUCCCUUUGCAAAACCUGAGAUAUUUGUGUGGUCGCAAGCUCUGGACAGGCAGCAACAGAAGCAGCUAAAUGAUGACCUUGUGUCCCAUAUCAGCUCCUUGUACAAUGGAGAGCUCUGCAUAAGUAUUGCUGUGCAAUGGCUGCAGGACAGUAUCGUACCUUACAUUGAAAAGAGCAAAGUGACCUCUGAAAAUGCUCCCAAACCAAAGGAAACUAAGAUUACUUUCCAUCGGAUGUGGAUUUACAGCCACCACAUAUAUCGUCAGGAACUGAGGAAGAAGAUUUUAGAUUAUGCAAAGCGUCUACAUUUGACAGGCUUCUCUUUGACAGGAAAACCUGGUGUGAUUUGUGUGGAAGGGAAGAAAGAAAACUGUGAGGAGUUCUGGCGUGAUAUACGUUACCCUAACUGGAAACAUAUCUCUUGUAAGCACACUGAGACUAUUGAAGCUGUUGAAAAUGUGGUAGAACAUCGCUUGUUUGAGGCUUUUGAAGAGCUGACAUUUGAGGCUCAUGGUGACUAUGGGCUAAGGAAUGAUUACCACAUGGACUUGGGGCAGUUUGUGGAAUUCCUUAAAGAGCACAAUUGCGAGCAUGUUUUUCAAAUAUUGUUUGGUUUAGAUGCAAAAUCAGCAAAAAAUGUAGACCUUUCUUUAACUUCUUAGUUGGACAGACAUAAUUGAAUAGGCACCAUUGUGAUACCACCAGCGUUCACUGGAUUUGUGAUAACAUCUCAAGGUUACCAUGGGAUUUGUCUCUGACUGCAAGACUGUACAAAUGCCGGGCUGUCAAUAAAGUGUUGCAGUUUUACACUA